AUGGGAGGACCUAAUGAUGGUUAUUCAAACGUACACAUCCCUGAUGAAAUGUUGUUACCAUCUAAUGGUAAUGACAUAGCCACAAUUGUUGAUAGUAUAUUUCCAUUGUUCAAGGAAGGAGAGAGUAAGACAUAUCUCAGCUGCGAUACUGUGUGUAAAUCUAAUUCAAACAAUGGUAUCCUAGUGGAUAUGCACACUCCAGAAUUCCUAAAUGGCUUAAAAGCGUCCGGCAUACCUAACCAUGCUUUAACUUUAAAGGUGGGAUCUCCGGUUAUGUUAUUGAGAAACAUAGAUCACUCGAUGGGUCUCUGUAAUGGUACAAGACUUAUCAUCACCAGAUUAUCUGAUCAUGUUGUGGAGGCAAAGAUUGUUACAGGGAAUAAUGCAGGCCAAAUUGUCUUGAUACAGAUUGUUACAGGGAAUAAUGCAGGCCAAAUUGUCUUGAUACCAAGGAUGUCAAUGAAUAAUGCAGGCCAAAUUGUCUUGAUACCAAGGAUGUCAAUUACCCCAACUGAUACAAGAUUACCAUUUAAAUUCCAAAGAAGACAAUUUCCUUUGAUGCUAUCAUACGCAAUGACUAUCAACAAAAGUCAAGGGCAAACCUUGACACAUGUAGGCUUACUAUUAAGGAAACCGGUCUUUGUUCAUGGUCAACUCUACGUCGCUGCUUCAAGGAUUAGCAACCCUAAAGGUCUACGAAUUUUGAUAGCAAACGAAGAAUAG